GUGUGUGUGUGAGAGAGAGAGAAUCCCUUCUGGAAAGGUCGGAUCUUUUUAGGAUUUUAGGUGAUAUUUAGUGCUCUCAUGUGCUUCCUUUUGCUUCCAGUUGAUUCUGGUCUCAUACCUGAGUCUUGGUAUGGCUUUACGGCUAAUUUAGGCAUCAGUAUGUCUCUGACGAACUAAAAAAGAAAAAAAAAAGAAAGAGAAAAGAAAAGUCGCCGUUGAAAGUACAGCUCUUUGAAAAUCCACUCUCCUCCAGCUUUAACCGAAUCAGAGGACAAAACCGUCAAUUUACGAAAUAUGGGAUACCUUUGUGAUUUCUGCGGGGAACAAAGGUCCAUGGUGUACUGUCGUUCGGAUUCUGCUAGCUUAUGUUUGUCUUGUGACCGUAAUGUUCAUUCUGCAAAUGCUCUCUCUAAACGCCACUUGAGGACGCUCGUUUGUGAGAGAUGCCAUUCUCAGCCUGCUUUUGUUAGAUGCGCACAGGAAAAAAUAUCCCUCUGUCAAAACUGUGAUUGGACAGGACAUGCGGGUCCGAGCACAGGCCUGUCACACAAGAGGCAAGCCAUUCAUUGCUACACGGGCUGCCCAUCGGCUUCCGAGCUUUCUGAAAUGUGGUCUUUUCUGUUGGAUUCGGGCUGUGAGCAGGGAAUGGGCUCAAUGAGCAUUGCCAAUGAGGGGCCUGCUGAUUGCCAAGAGAACGAGAAUGCAAAUGAUGAAUCUCAUUUAGGGGGAGCAGAUAGAUCGUCUGCUGGUAUCGGGUUGUUGCCAGGUGGAUCGACUGGAACGGCUAUUCAAAAGGAUUCCUUGUCCGUAGCUAAGGGAACUGUUGCAUGUGACGAUAGCUUUUAUGAUGAUUUGAUUAUGGAUGAGGUUGACUUGAGCAUUGAAAACUAUGAAGAGCUUUUUGGUGUUUCUCUUGAUAAUCCGGACCAGCUAUUUGGAGAUGAUGGUAUUGAUGGAAUUUUCGGGACGAAAGACAUGUCUGGGUCUCAGGGUGCUUAUGCAGCUGAGGGAUCAACACUUGGAGGGGUCAACAUGAUGCAACCGGCUUGCAGCAAUGCCGCAUCUGCUGACUCAAUUAUGAGCUGCAAAACGGAACCCAAUAUAUGUUUUGCAAGGCAAACAUAUUCGGGCCUCUCGUUUUCAGGCAUUACUGGGGAAAGGGAAAGCAGUGGUGGGGAUCAUCAGGAUUGUGGAGUCUCAUCCAUGCCAGGACCUCCACCAGGUAGCAGGAGUGAUGCUGUCUUGCGUUACAAGGAGAAGAAAAAGGCCAGAAAGUUCGAAAAGAAAGUGAGGUAUGCAUCACGCAAGGCUAGAGCAGAUGUGAGGAAACGUGUGAAAGGACGUUUUGUCAAGGCUGGUGAUGUUUACGAUUAUGAUCCCUUGAUCCCAACGCGAAGCUGCUGAGUAAAAUUCUCAUUUUAAGGGAUCAGACCUAAAUCGACGAGAUCCUAAAUGACGAAAACAAAUUCUCUGCUCGUGUCACGAGAGUUCAAAAUGCUAUGAACAGAUAGAAAAUUUUCUCAAUUCAGCUCGAGAAUCUCCAAAUACACACUCAUGAUGGAAAAAAGGCAAAUUACUGUCCAUGAGAAAGAAGGGAAGUAUAUUUGGCUUCUUGUAGCUUAGUUGAGCCUAUUUAUAAGAAUAUGAUGAUUAUAUGUACAUACUGUUAUAACUUCUUCCCUCCGGUUGGCCAUCUUGAACGAGGUCAGACGAGAAUUUUUUUGGGAAAUUGAACAGAAUAAAGUGCUCAGAACAGAAUAAUGGAAUACAAGACCAUGAACUAUUGGACAGCCGACAAAUUACUAGGGAAGAAAUUUAUUUUUCAGAGCAGAACCUUUGAUGUUGUAUUAAUAGUAUAUUCUUUUUUGCUUGUACAACAGGUUAAUAAGAAAUCCAUUGUAGUUGAAGUGUAUGUAUGUAUACAAAUUGAGAUAUGUUAGUUUGUAA